UGGCGUACUUGAUGUGAGAGUGCGAAUGAUUUGAUUAUUGGGGAUUGCGGUUGUUCACUAAUUAAAUUUGAAACAGUGGUUAGUGGGGAAAGCGAAAUUUUUAUUGAACAAAUUAUUGAACCAGUCACCCUGGUUGGAGUGGUUUUGAGGUCGAUCUGUCAACGUAUAUGAUGGAUUCUCAGAAGUUUUGCCUCAAGUGGGAUGGGUUCCAGAGCAGCGUCACCUCCGUGUUUGACCACCUGCGGCGGGACGGUGAGCUGGUGGACAUCACACUAUGCUGUGAGGGACAGCGUGUCAAGGCGCACAGGAUGAUGCUGUCAGCCUGCAGCCCUUACUUCAGGGAGCUGCUCAAGGACAACCCCUGCCAACAAAUGGUGUUCUUCCUGAAGGAUACAAGCGCAGAGGACCUGUCUGCCAUCAUUGAGUUCAUGUAUAAGGGCAGCGUGAACGUCAGUCAGACGCAGCUGGCCAGCUUCAUCAGGACGGCAGAGAUGCUGCAGAUUAAAGGACUCAGUGGAGAUGAGGAAAAGAUGCCGCCGUCACCAACUACCCACCAGAGCCCCGGACGCGCCGCGUCUCACGAGCCUCGACCCAUGGCCGCCUCCACGCCUCAGAGACCUCACCGAAACGGAACACCACCGGCUAAGAGAAGGAGAGCCUCAGAAACGGUUACCGAGACACCUCCCCACCAACCACCGUCGUCACAGCCGCCAUCAACACCAUCACAACAGUCGAACGUACUACCGCAGAACCCUCCAAGAAUGCCGUCGUCACAGCCUAGCCCUCCUCCAAGCUCUUCCACGCCGCUCGCCGCUUCAUCAAACCCAGCAUCGGCCCCAGUACAGACCCCUGCGGGACACCCCACGGAAGGGGGACAAGCGAUUGCUGAGGAGAGCAUCAAAGUGGAAAAGGUGGACCUGACUGAAGAGGAGGAUGACGAUGCUACCCUGGACUCGACGCUGGAUUAUGUGGCCGAUUAUGAGGGCGGAUACAGAGAUGGGCCCGAUCUGUCCAUGGCAGACGCUGCGGCCAUCAUGGGCGGAGGAGGCGGCGGGGGCGUGGCAGGGCCCUCUCAGCGACCCCCGGACGACGGCUCCCAGUCAGGUCGUUCGCUCGAGUGCAAUGAGUGCGGCAGCGUCUACUCCCAUCUCAGCUCCCUCCUGCUGCAUAAGAAGAAGCACGCCGGCUUCACAACCUGCAUGUUGUGUGGCCGCGUCUACGGCAGGGUCACCAUCUUGCGGAACCACCUGAUGAAGGCGCACAACAUGUCCAAGAAGGACGCCCGAGAGAUGUCACGGGGUGGUCGGAGGCGUACCCGGACUGUUACUCUUCCAGCUCAAAUUCAAACUCGGAGUUCUGUGACUGUUACUCUUCCAGCUCAAAAUCAAACGCGGAGUUCCUCUAGCUCUGAAGCGCAUUCAGUGGCACUGGAUAACAUACAGCUCUCGCAUAAACAUGUUUCUCUUCCAGCUCAAAAUCAAACGCGGAGUUCCUCUAGCUCUGAAGCGCAUUCAGUGGUACUGGAUAGCAUACAGCUCUCACACAUCUGAUUUGGGCUGAAUAAGAAUGCUGAUUGUCGCCUAGUGUUCAGCACCUAACGAUGAACUAGUAUGUAACACGCCAAGAAAUUGUCGGAUCUAGUGAUGUGGACUGAUGAAAUGGCCCAACGUUGCGUCAGAUUUUCGUUUUGAGCUGAUACCUCCAAGUGCGUGGCUUUAGUUCAAGCUAUACCUACGUGUUGUGUCUGUAUAGCGAUGCUUCUUUUUUUGCCCUGCAGCGUCAUUUUUCUGUAGGCGUUCGAGGAAAGUACUUGUAUAUAUGUUACUGGCGGUACGUUUGAAAAUUUGAUUUUGUGCGUGCGGAACCAUUGACCGAAGGGCUAACACGUUUGUAAGUCGGGAUAAUGACACUGUUAGUAUUAUGUGCGAUGCCUUGCUUUGUGACGCAUUUGUUCCGGAGUGUCAUUAGGCUAUAGGUGGUCAUUUGCGUAUAAUUUCCGUUCUCGUCCGGUGAAGAGAACGCGCAGCUAAAAUAGCCAGGCACGCAAGGUUUGACCGUGAUCGUAUGGUUUUAGAACAUGUUCGCGUGCAAACGCACGUUGUGCGUAGGAGCUUAAACGGCUCAUAGCAACGUUUUGAAUAUGAUUUUUUGCAAAUGCUUAGUUUGGUUUGUCAUCUUCAUUUUUCCAGUUUUUGUCCGUUGUGCAGUUUAAAGGUAACUAGAUUUGUUGGUAUAGUACACUUUUUAAAGCUGAAAUAAAAAGCAAGAAACGUUUUCACAAUGUCUUUCUUCUGGCUUCAUAGUAUGAGGGGAGAAUGUUUAAGCUCGGUCACAUGUUUUCGUCACAUGCUGAGGAAAGUGAUGAGAAUCUCACCGGUGCCUUUGUCUUUUAUGUAGGUACUCCUAUGGGACUUUUUCUUAACAUAUGUAUAGCCUACCGCAGCAUGACUAAUUGAAUCUGGGUUCCAUGCGUAAUAUCAUAGUAUGAUUGAAAAGCUAGC